AUGGAGGAUGCGCUUAGAUUUUACAGUCUGAAGGAGUCAAUCAUUUAAUUAAAAUAAUAAUCCUACAUCAGAACCUUCCCAUAAUUAUAUAUCAGCAGAAAUAAAUUAACUUAAAUAACUUCGCAAUAGCUUGAACACCCUUUGAAAUAUAAGCCCAUGCCUUUCGAGAUAGUUUCGCUAAGCGAGGUGAAUGAUCAAAAGGAUGACUCGUCAAUCAUACAAAAGGAAUAGACUUUGAUUCUGAAUAAUGAAUUGUAAACUCCAUUAGAAGUUAAUUUAUAACUAAAGGCUAAAAAGUGCAUGAGUCUCUUGGAAGGACAGAGCAAGCAUGAGAAGGAGCAACAAAUAAUGAGCAUAUUAGAAAUAAUAAAAUCCAUAUUAAAUGGAAAAAAAGAACGGACAAAUUAAAGAUUAAAGAAAAAACUAAUAUAAACUAAUAAAUCUCCUUAAUAAGCUAUAUAAUUUCUCAAAUCAUUGCGUAAAAACAGAAUCAUGUGUUGA